GAUCGUGCGGUUCGUUUUCUAUCUGAUGGCUGCUGCUCUGAGUUGUGUUCUCGUCUCAAGUCUCAAGCCGGCGCUAAAUUGAAGCCACUUAACUAGGCGUAAGAAAAUAUAUCAAAGCAACGACGGCGCGGAAGUGUUAAUUUAAUUUUGUAUGCGUAUACACAAGUUUUUUUUCGGUACAACGCAAGUGUAUUGUAAAUUUUGCUGUGUACAGCUCAUAAAUAAAUCAAUAAUCAAGUGAUAAUUGCAGCUUGUGCAAUCAACGAUAUAAAGACAACGCUGUAAAUUUUUGUUUGACGCUAAAAAUCUUGCAAGUAACGCGUGCCACUUGAUGCACAACAUGAAGCGGCAGCUUCACUGCCAACGCUCGCUAUUGUUGCUGCGGCUGCUGCUGUUGUGUUUGCUGCUCUGCACGAGAUUGACAGUUUGUCUGCCCAAUGGCACGCUGGUGGCAAGUCUCGGUCUCGGUCUCGGUCUCGAUGCUGCGGGCAAUGUCAAUUUGCCGACGUUAGGCGCAGGCAUUGGCUCGAUGGGUAAUAAUGGCAGCAGCAGCAGCAGCAGCGCUGCUAGCGGCGGCGCCAACUCGCCAGUGGGCAGCGGCAAUCAGCAGCAAACAAACAGCGAUGCCAGCAAUGGCAUUGGCAGCAACUCAACGGGCAGCGGUGCUGGCGGUAGCGGCGGAGGCAGCGGCCUUGGUUCGGCUGGCAACAAUAACGCGGCAUUGUUGCAGCUGCAGCAGCAGCAGCAGCAGCAGCUGGGGAAAGAGAAACAGUACGAUAAGUGCACCGGGCCCGGAGAUCCGGGACCAUGCAAGCAAUAUAUAUACAAGUGGCGCUAUGAGCCAACCACUGGCGAGUGCACCACCUUCAUUUGGGGCGGCUGCGAUGGCAAUCCACAAAAUCGUUUUAGCACCGAGGCCGAGUGUCUCUUUCACUGCAUUGGCGCGCCACAUACGCUGCCGCCAUUUCUACAGUCGACCACACGCGAACCGAGCACCACAGAAUCCUCGCUGGCAAGCUACACGCAAAGUCCGGCCCAAGCGGCAGCAACGGGCUACAACAACAUGGGCAACAUGGGCGGCAUGGGCGGCGUUGGGCUGGGUGGUGUUGCAAGUGGCACCACGCCCGUGCCCAUCGAACAGCGCGGUCCGGAGCUAACGUUCGCCGAGACGGGACAGGGCAAGACCUUCGUGUUUGCCAAAAACAACACGUUCAUCCAAAUGGACGGCGACAUCAUACAGACAUUUCAAUUAAGACUUUGCCGUGAGAUUUCAUUUCAGUUUCGCACUCGACUACCGCACGGCCUGCUCGUCUAUCACAACGUUAAGAAUCCGGAUCGCAUUAAUUUAGAGCCCUAUGCACUCUAUGUGAUUGUCGAAAAGGGUCAACUAAAGGUGGUACAUGUCUUUGGCAAGCAUUCAACGAGUGUCACAGUGGGUGAGAGUUUAAACCGAGAUGAAUGGCACAGUGUUAUGGUGCGCAUCGAUGUCCAUGGCGCAAGAUUAAUUGCACGCGUCGACAAUAGUCAGGAGGAGGUCUAUCUAAAAGGUCUGAAUCAUGAGUACAACUAUGGCGUCUCCACGAAUCUGCCAUCGGUGGUGCUGGUUGGAGGUCUCUCAUCGGAGGAGAAGCUUCAUGGCGUUAAGUACAUCACCGAAUCGUUUGUGGGCUGCAUACGCAAUGUGGUGCUGAGUUCGGGCAAGGCGGCUUCUGAUUUGCUGCCCAUAGCACCGCUGGUGGCCACCAAGCAUGAGAACGUUAAAGAGGGCUGCUUCGAUAUGUGCGAUUCGCGACACAAUCUCUGCUUUGUGGGCUCGCGUUGCAUUAACCAUUUUUCCGGGAUCUCCUGCGAUUGCUUUGGCACUCACUAUGAGGGCGAGCACUGCGAUAUUUACAGUGAGUAA